AUGAACAUCCCAACCAUGGCCAACCCCACCCACCCCAUCUACCAUGACACUGCCUUCCUUGGAGGAGUCAACGUGAACAGUACUUGGGCCGCCUCCCAUUUUGAUGCUCCACAAGACUGCGAGGAGCCUGAAAUCUUAUUCCCAGUGAGUGCUCAAGAGUUCGACUGGGAAUCUGGAACAACUGAAAAUAACCACAACGACAUGAUGACCAUGACAUCGGCUGCUCCUAGCAGCACCUACAAGAAACCAUGUGUCAUCCAGCCUGAAGAACCUGCUUUUUCAAGCAUGAAGAACCAGAAUUCCCUGGUGUCCCUUCAGCUGGCUGCUAGAAAGAGGAGACACUCCUCUCAGUCUGCUGCUACUACUGGCAUUGCUCCUCCUCCAGCAAGCAAGUUGCUCUUUCUGAACAAGAAGAGCAAAGGAUUGAGCUUGCUACCUACUGAUUUCGAACCACAGCCUUACUCCAUUCUCUGUGGACAAGGCAACGAAAACUUCAAUGCGAUCGGCAACCGACGAUUUCGAGUUACCGUGGGCAUGUUCCUGCAGCGCUACCAAGCCGCCAAGGACCGCCAAGAAAAGUCCGCCAUUGUCUCUACCGUAAUGGAUAUCCUCUACGAUGCCUGUCCUGUCGGCACGUUCAUCAAGCUCAAGGGCGGACGUUGGUGGCAAAUUGACGAAAAGACGGCUCGUGAAAAGGUCGGAGCUCAUUUCCGUGACGGCCUUGCGGAUACCUACAAGUCCAGUGCCAAGAGCAAGAUUGCCCGACGACGAGACCGGGAAUUGGCGCGUCGACGCAAGUCCAAUGCCUCUGCAAUUAGUGAGGCUAGUAGUACUGCUGCCGAACGCCGUGGCUCCGACUCGAGCAUUGCACAAGUCACCGUCGCGUCGGCUGACGUCUCGGUUGCUUCUUCGUCUUCUUCCUAA